GUUGAUUGAUAAACAUGGCGGAAUCCAAAUUGCCCGCUGAGCGGGGUGGACUUUUGUCCAGUGUAUUUUACGAAAUAAUAUCCAGUCCACUUAAUAUUGGAUUAGUUUUUGUUAUAGCGUUUCUUGUCUACAAAAUAUUUAAGGUAAGGCAAGGUAAUGAUGACAACGUCACUCCAGCUGAAAAACCUCUUCCGAAGAUGAAGAAAAGGGACUUUACUAUCGAAGAACUGAGAAAAUAUGACGGCACUGGUGAAGACGGGAGAGUUCUGGUUGCAGUGAAUGGAAAAGUGUUUGAUGCUACUAGAGGAAAACGAUUUUAUGGGCCAGGUGGGCCGUACGCAGCAUUUGGAGGGAGGGAUGCUUCCCGAGGUCUGGCGACAUUCUCGGUGACUGGCGGCAGUGAUACUUACGAUGACCUCAGUGACCUCAGCCCUAUGGAGAUGGACUCUGUCAGAGAGUGGGAGAUGCAGUUUACAGAGAAGUACGAUUAUGUGGGUAGACUGUUGAAGCCAGGAGAGGCACCUAACAGCUAUUCAGAUGAGGAAGACGAGCCAAGUGCUACAGAUGUAGCGGACAAGUCUAAAGACGACUAAAACAAUGAUGUGCGUGCAACUUUUAAGCUACUCUAGAUAUUCUAGACCUUAUGCAGGUUUUAUCACUAAAUCUUGGAAUAAACCACGGUGGUGGCUAGUUGUAUCAUUUUGUGUUGUGGAAAUUCUAUUAGGUAAGGGUCUUUUGUAUAGACUAGUGUAAAAAACACAUGCUGGGUCGAUUUUCAUCAGCAGUUACGUUACCUAAAGAAAUAAACAAAUAAUAUAUUCCUAGUGUUAAAUGUUUCAAGUUAAGUGUCAGGAGAAUUUCUGUAUGUCUGUAAAGUAAAGCCACCCACAGUAAAACAAAUGUAAAUGUGAAUUGUGAUCUUAAAACUUUCGAUAAGUUUUAAAAAUGGUACCAUAUCUUGGGUACUCUGAGUUGAAAAUUAUUAUAAAAGAUGAAGUCUAUUAGAAGAUGUAUAUUUUAUGUAUCAUUUAUCAGCCUGGCUCUAUAUUAUAUGUGUAAUUAUUUGUUGGCCUCAUUCAAUUCUAUUAAAUUUAUGUUUUAAAGGUACAGUAUAUAGCGCUCUCUUUUAAAUGAUUUCUUUUUAAUAUUAAAUGUUUGCAGUUUUGCAAACAUAUCUUAUUAUUGUUUUUUUUUUCAAUGCACUCUUCAAUAUUUAAUCAUUUUUCUAUAAAUAAAAACUUAGCAGUUGCACAUUCUAACAAUUCUGUUUCGCUCUCCAAAUUCCCUUAAGCGUUUGUUCUGCUAGUGAUGCUAAUGUUGGUACUAUAUUGAAACUUGUAAAAUGAAAGUUACAGUGUAACCUAUAACCUAACUCCUUGUAUUAUCUCAACUGCCAAUGUCCGUUAAUGCGGAAGACACACGUGUAUGAAAUCCGAGGACACCUGUAUUCUGCCUUUAACAUGUUAUUGUCCCUUUGUACGUUGGUUUGGUUAAUAACGGCAAAGGAGAAGAACCAAAGAUUGGGUCACCAAUUGUGAGACUGAAGAAUAAUACAUAAUUACGACCACAAAGUGUGUAGCUUAUUUCAAGGAUAAUUCAAGCUCGAAACUGAUGGUAUCGCCAAAGAUUAUUUUGUCAAUUGACUAACUAAAGAAGAGUUAAAUCACAUAAUGAAGAAAACGGUUUUCUUUGUUUUUGUCAAGUCAAUUGAUAUAGUGACAAACUUUUGUACCAAACCAGUGUGAAUAAAACAAGUUUGAUUUUUUUUUUAUGUUUAUAUUUUUUUCAGUCUACAAGGCUUGCAUAAUUUAAUGGGAACAGUCUUGAAAUUUGCCUUAAGCUUACAGACCUAAAUUUUAUAAAUGAAUUUCUGAUGAUUUAACCCCUUAACAAGACCUGAAAUCUAAACACAUUUGAAGCUGUUUAAGACCUUUUAACCAAAUGUUAGAUUAAAAUACAAAAUAAUUGAUUGAUACAAUUAAUUGUUAGUAUUUAAAAAAUUGAAUUUAAAUUUUGUAUGUUUUACCACUUAAAGAAAGUGCAAAGUUGUUAAACUAAAUAUAUCUAUUUAUUUUUAUAAGCUGACUAAAGCUGCAUAAAUUCCUUUAGUUUGUAUCUAACUUACUUUGGUAGGCCUAUAUCUACUAUGGUCAUAUUUUACAAAUCAUAGCUUAUAUGACCUAUAAAAAUACUUUUUAAGAUUCAAAUAAAUCUAUUUUGCUGUUAUAAUUUAUUUUUAAAAUUUGGAAAAUCCAUUUGAGAAAAAUAUCAUCUAGUUUUAGUUAUAAAAAAGACUUUUAGGGCUACUUUAAUUUGUGAGGGUAUGGAGCAUUCUCCUUUAGUAGUUACAUGUCAAUGUAGGCAGGCCUAUAGCAUAGUAGUAAGUUAAUUCCAAAUUUUAAAUAUUCAAGUUAGGGAUUAUUUUUGCAGUGAAGUAUACAAAUGUUUUCUAAAUUGUAAUGUAUUUUCUUUAAUAUAAUUUGAUGAUUUUCUUUGUUAUUUUGUGAUGAUGACAAGGCUGAUUAGAAUAGAACAAGGUAAUGCAUUUCCAACAAAUAUCAUGCAUCUUAUUGAUUUUGUAUAAUGUAUAAUCAAUUUUGUGUCCUCAUUUAAAAAUUUGUUUAAGUAUUUUGAUAAGCAAACAUUUCAUCCCUAAAAAAUAUUUUAACCCUUAAGCGCGCUAGUUUUUUUUACGCGGGAGCGCACAGGGGUGUCUAGUGGACCCCCAAAUAAAAAUGGGUAUAUAAAAAAAAGUUUUUGAUAUUUAGCUCUUUAAACUUAAGACAUAAUAUCUAUAUUCUUUUUCUCAUAUAGUUACAUACAUUUUAUGAUCCUACCAUAUCCUUUAACUAUUUUAAAAAUAAUAGUUUGAACCCUUAAUUUUUUAAUGAUGAAAUGUAAUAAUGGUGUUAGAGAGGACAAUCGUAGUUAACAAGUUUUUAUUGCAAACAAAUAUUAUUUUCAAUUUUACAAAAGUAUAAUACUUUUAAAAAACCACGGAAGCAGUAAAUAUUUCAUGAAUUAAUACAUUUACUGGUUUGUAGAAAAUACUUAACAAAAAAUAAAAUAAAUUAAAUGUUUUACUUGGUAAUGUUUGUUUUUCUUUAAAAAUCCUCGCCCAGUAAAUAUAAAAUAAAAUUGGUAAAUUUUAAGAAGUCCUUUUAAAAACACUUUACAAAUAUUUUACUUUUGUCUCUGGCACAUUAGUUUUUUUAAGGUUUUACUUUAAAUUUAGUCUUUGCGUCUUUUUUACCAAGGCAGACGGUACACCGCGCCUUUUACCUGGGAGGCUAGAUCAGUGGACGCAUUGGUUGGACAUUUCCAUCCAAUUGUUUUACAGAUACUAAGUUUUUUGGCAAACUUUCAAUACUAUCAAAAUUAUAAAUAAUAAAUUAAAAAAGUUAUUAAUAUUAAUUAUGAUAAUAAAACUGAAACACCACUACGCGCACGGGAGUACAUUAGACCCCCAAUGAACACACUACUGGUAACACAAGCAUGCGCGUGGGCAAGGCCACACUAAAAAAACAGGCCGUAAUGCUCGUCAAGCAUGACGUCAGGAUAGAAGACGGCAAUGACGUAAUUAAGGUUAUAUUUUUGUUUUCGAUGAAAAGAUUAAAACAAGCAGCUGAUCACAAACGGCAAACAUUACGUCAUUGCCGUCUUCUAUCACGACGUCGUGCUAGACGAGCAUUACGGCCUGUUUUUUUAGUGUGGCCUUGGCGUGGGGGUAUGCCAGACCCAGGGUGGUGAUAACAGGUCAAUGACUCAGUCAAGACUAACAACCCUGCGGCCAGAUGAUAGCAUAUGCUAUUUUAGGAAGCUACUGUUAUGCUCACUAGGGUUGCCACCAUACUUGUAAAAUUAUGACAAAACUACCACACGUGGGGAUAUGUCAUACCCCCGUGCGCACGUUUAAGGGUUAAAUAAAAAAACUUAUUUGAAAAACAAAGUAGAGAUAACUUGAGUGUUUGAUUUAUUUUUAAUCCUACUAAAAUGUGCACUUAUAAGGUUAUUUUAGACAUAAAUAUAUACUUAUAGGUUAAUGUAAAAUCCUGUUUUUCUAGCCUAUUUUAUGUUAGAAGGUUAUGGUGUUUUCCUACUUUUUUACCACAUAGUUAUAAUAUUCUUUAGAAAUUUCAAAAUAAUUGAUAAAUGCAUUGUACUUAUGUACAGCCUGUUUUUAUGUAAAGUAAAUAAAUGUAUUGUUGUGUAAGGCCAA